AAUGAUGGUCGAAACGUCUGAGUCAAGUCACAUCUCACUGGAAGACGAUGUUCAAUCUUCAUUUCUCACUUUCAUUAUUAUGUUAAUUAGUCACGUAAAUGACUUUUUAAAAGUCCAAGCAUCGUAUGUCAUUCGACCCACCAGAGCUUAAUCAAUUUUAUCCCCCUUUGUGGUUUUUUGGUCAUAGUACGCUUUGGAUGACAAAGAAGGCAAACGAAAAAAAAAAUUGCAAAGAUUGUGAAGCUUGGAAAACAAAAAUUGAUGUUCGUGAAGUUACGAAUUCUAAAAGAGACUUUCUAAAGUGGAAGCGGAGACUAAACAAUAACUAGCCUCUACGGCACCAGCACACCUGAAGCAUACAACAGUAUAAACUGAUCUACAACAUGCUAAUCCGACUGUUAGAAACGAGAGCACUUCGUAAACUUAUCUUUCUGGUCUUUUUAAAAGCAAUGAUUCGUUAUACCCUCGGUGGUCCGUACGCCUCAAAGUUAUAUCCUUUCGGUAAUGAAGCCGGCGACUCAGCUUUGCCUGAACGCGAUGAUGUGAGCUCAGACGAAAUUUUGCCGACAACGUCGUUUCAUUUCUUCGAACUGGAAGUCGAAUCGUUUUACGUACAUGAAAAUGGACUCAUCUCGUUUGGUUCUCCGUUAAAAGUCCAAGAGCCAUCAUCUUUUCCUCUUAACGACAACGCAUAUGUAGCCGCGCCAUUUUGGGCCGAUGUAUUUACAUAAAGAGGAGGUAGGGUCUGGUAUCGAGUUACUACAGAACAAGCGAUCAUUUCCCGAGCGACGAGAGACGUCAUUCGCUCAUUUCCACACGACACAAAAUUUGUUGCGAACUGGGCUGCCAUCGUUACAUGGGAUGAGGUCGCAUUCUUUGGAGCCAGCAGUAUAUACACAAAGAAUACAAACACAUUUCAAGUAGUCAUAGCAAGUGGUAAGCAUAUGACAUUUGUCUCAUUUAUCUACGAUAACCUUUCUUGGACAACUGGUACCUUGAAUGCAGGGGACAAUCGAGGUUUGGGAGGCAAAGCAGCGAAGGUUGGGUUUAGCUUCGGAUCCUCAUAUCGAAAUGUGCCAUUUUCUGGGACUGAAGAAGUUUUAAGUCUCGUAAACAGAACUAACUGUGGUCAACCGGGUGUUUGGAUGUUCAAAGUUGAUGACGAAAAAAAUAUGAACGAAAAGAGAUGCGAAAGCUUAGGCACUGUCUCCAUUCAUUCGGCCGGUGGAAAGCUAAACAGUGGCUCCAAUAUCCUCAUCACUGGAUUAUGUUAUUGGCCGGGAAUUGAGUUGCGGUGCGAAUUUGGCGAUGUUGGUACAGCAAAAGGCUACAAAGUCAACGAAACGAAAGCCAUUUGUACCGUUCCUUUGUUAACUACAAGAAAACAGCAAUCCGCCUUUUAUAUCUAUCCGAAUGAAAAUAGUGAAACAAGGUUCGCACGAGAAUUUGACUUAGAGCCUGUCUUCCUUGAUGAUGCCGCUGUGCAGAGAAAGACUCCUGAAACAUGGACCACGGGAAACCGAGUGAACAUCUCCUGGGAUUUCUCAAACCUGGCAUCGGACUUGUCUGUUACAAUAGAGAUUAUAAACCUAUUUUACAAUCAAAGUGGAAUAGAAUUUCAUGAUUACACUACUGUCGUGUUUAGCCAACCGAACACGGGGAAAGCCGAGUUUGAUCUGCCACUUAUGGAAAAUUUGAGAAAGAACCCCAAUACACCAAAAAUGUUGCAGAUGGUUCGGGUUCGAAGCUUGAUCGGAAAUGGUUACAACAGGUACGUACCAAGGGAGUGGAUCGGAAGUGAAUUGUUCCUGCUGACAAAUCAGACUGUGGCCAACGGAAGCUGCUCAAGUUGGCUACAAAACCAAUCGUAUUCUCUCAUGAAAAUAGCAGGUCAUAGCAACUUAACACCUUGCCCCAAGACUCGUCGACAGAUGAACGCAGAUAAUGGACUUUUCAGGGUGCACGACUUGUGUAAUACAAAUAUCUUGCCCCUUUGUAAAUUCUACUUUAGGAAGGUUGACAUAUGCUACAAAACAAUCAUUACGAGCGAUCAAGGAAUUGCGAGAACGUGUUGCUAUGACAACGAAGGAGAAUUGACCGCUGGACCACCUGGCGAGUUUGUAAGUCAAGCCAAACAUGCUGUCGCGAGCGGAUCAAUAUUACCUUUUAUAUGGGACAACAAAAUCGUUCCUUAUUUACAGUGCUGUAUGUUUUCCAACAAUUGCUUGAAAUACGAAGAGCUGACGACAUCUGAGGCGCGAUAUCUCCCACCCAACAUUGGAGCAGCAUUCGGUGAUCCUCAUAUUCAAACUUUGGAUGGUGUAGAAUAUACGUUUAAUGGUUUUGGCGAGUAUACAGUCCUCAACGUGAACAAUACUCAGUUUCUUCUCCAAGGGAGAAUGCAGCCCUUGAAAGCCAAGAAAAAUGGAGAAGCACCUGCAACAGUAUUCACUGCGUUCGCCAUGAAAGAACAAGGAAGCAGCCUCAUUCAGGUGCAACAAAAUGAAUGGCAAUCAAUAGACGUUCUUGUCGAUGGAAAAUUAAUCGCUUUAGGUCACGAGCUGCAAUCUAAAGGGGUGUUUAUAAAGAACAGCACACGGGAAAACAAUCCGAGAGUGAUUCUUGCCUUUAACUCAGGAAUUACUGUGUAUGUAGAAAAUGCAGCACCAGUUCUACAGAUGGCAGUGGUUGUUCCUGUUAGGUUCAAAGGUAAAACAAGCGGUCUUCUUGGUUAUUGGGACGACAAUAGUGAUAAGGAGUACUUUCUACCUAACCGCGAAUUCCUCAACACCGCGACAACCAUGUCCGAGUUACACUACAAAUUUGGUCAGCAAUGGUUGACGAACGAAAACAAUUCUCUGUUUAUCUACGGUCCAGAGGAGGCUCAUAUGGACUUUUUCGAUCCAUCAUAUAUCCCAACGUUUAUGGAAGGGUACGAUCCAAUAACAUCCAAGAUGAACAGUGGCAUGAAAAAGAGAGCGCUCAACACGUGUGAACACUCGUUUCAAUGCAUAUUUGACAUCGCAAUAACAGGGAGAUUUGGAAUCGGCCAAGCUACCAAGGAGUUCCAAGAAUGGUUGACAGGCAUGACAAGGGAUCUACAUGAUGAAGGAUGUAACGUUGUAUUGCGCCUUGGUGGUGGGUCUGUACGAAGGGAAGUCUUAGAAGAUCACGUGACAUACAAUUUUACGUGUAACCACGGUUACAUAAUGAUUGGAGGAGACAAAAUUUCUUGCCAUGGAGGAGUCUGGGAUGGAUCCAAACCAACCUGCUCAAAAGCUUCGCCAAACCUGGGAAUGAACGAACGGAAAGGGUGCGAGCAGUUUUCUACAUUAUUUGAAAACGGGCACUUCACUGGACAGGGAAACAAAGCAGGCGAUCGAUACAAAUUCCAGUGUGACUCAUCAUACAUACUUGUCGGUGAAGAAGAAAUUGUCUGUGAGAAUGGGGAAUGGAGCGGAAAAGUACCAUCUUGCCAAGCAAAGUGCUCUCAAAUAACAAUAAACAAUUCUCAAGUUACAGUCGGGAUCGGAGGCCAACUUAGCGUCCAAUGCAACUCUGGAUACACUUUGUCCGGCUCCAAAAUAAUAAACUGCGGGUCAAACGGAUUGCUGAAUGGAACACUUCCUUCUUGUACAAAAGAUGCGCUCCCGAAAGCCUCCGUAGAGAAGAAAGAUUCGAUGAUUGUCAUCGUAGUUGGAGUGCUAGUCCUCUUCGUAGCCAUCCUUGUGAUCAUGUUGACGAUUUACUUGGUCCGAAAACACCAUAGGAGAAAGGACACCCAGGUACUGAAAAAACCGGACGAGGACGAGAGAGAGCGUGUGGCAGUGUGAGCACAAGGAAAAUCAAUCUCCACGAACUUGAGUUACACAGUAUCUUUUGCUCCUGGUUUCAGAACGAAACCAAAAGAAACUUGAAAUUGUACGCCGAGGCCUUACGUUGAGGUUACAUGCUCAUGAGUAAACUCCAUGUAUUAUUUCCUUACAUUAUGAUGCCGUAAAUUGUUGGAUACGAAUUAAAAGCCUGAGAAAUCGCCCCUUGCCAGCCAAUAAGGAACGCGCCCUCUCAGAACAACAUGUCAGGAGAGCACCAAACCAAGACUAAAAGUUAGGGAUAAAUUAAGUUGCUGCAAUCACAUGACUGACAUGAAAAAAUUAAAGUAUGUUAAUGCCAGUUGUAAAUGAACGUUGUUAGAAUGUAUAUAGCUUGCAGCUACGAAGAAAAACCAAUGCAAGAAACAUCUCCCGAAAUUAUAACUGUUGAAAUAUCCCACUCUGAAUGUAAAGUUAUCGCCAGUUUUUCCAAACAUUUAUAGUCAUAUGUAUAGCUGACAUUCAAAGAAUAUUCAUACCAUUUCAGAUAAUAAGUAUCUUUCUAAUGAAAAUUGUUAUAUCUCAUUUGGUAAAUAAAUUUGCUUAACUGAAUAAAGUUAAUACCGAAGAAUCAGA